AUGGCUAUCCUGCUCCCAGGUUGGUUAGGAGCACGGUCCGUCAAAUGGCUGGCUAGGAUCUGGAUCACGGACUAUGAAAACGACAGCUAUUACCAUCUCUACGAUAACCGGCAGCUUCCAAGCUUGCCCAGCAUCAUGGUUCGUGCAAUCGAUGAGCUCAGGACUACACAGCCGCCAGAACCAGUGUGGAGCAUCACAGGAAGGAUGAACGACUGCUGGUACCCAGUGCGCCCAGAUAUUAACGAAACAUCGAGUGAUAGCGAGGCAUGCCUCCUCUUUCGUCACCCCGUCGACGCUGGUAACAGUACGGACGGUUGGAUGAAGGAGUCCGCAGAGAAGAAGAUCAAGGAGAUCAAGCGCAAAGCAGGUGCCCCUGGAAAGUGGCAUCCUGGCGGGAAAGGGCCUAUUAUAGAACAUGCUGGAGCAGUGCAUAUGGAUACAACGGAGGAGUUUGAGAGGAUCCAUGAUGAUUAUGCACAGUCUAAGCUCAAAGAAUGCAUAAUCAGAAAAGUCACGCAAAAGACCAUGGCGCAUAUGGCAAAGAACGCUCAACAAAAGGCCCAAGAGAAGUCCAAUCAGGGCGGCGCCGAAGACUCAGUCGCUCUCGACAAACACAAUUAA